UCUCGUCGCUGAACUAGGUAGGUGGGUGGCAGCAGGCAGGCAAGCAGGAGGGGGCGGCGCGGCCUUGGCUUCCCUCCGUCCUUCCCCCGCCACCCCCCUUCCCGAAAAGGCGGACGAUGAACAAGCUCUACAUCGGCAACCUGAGCCCGGCCGUGACUGCCGAGGAGCUCCGGCAGCUCUUCGGGGACAGGAAGCUCCCCCUCACCGGACAAGUCCUGCUCAAGUCCGGCUACGCCUUCGUGGACUACCCGGACCAGAACUGGGCCAUCCGCGCCAUCGAGACCCUCUCCGGUAAAGCGGAGUUGCAUGGCAAAGUCAUGGAAGUGGAUUACUCCGUCCCUAAAAAGCUAAGGAGCAGGAAGAUUCAGAUCCGGAACAUCCCUCCUCAUUUACAGUGGGAGGUGCUGGAUGGUCUUUUAGCUCAGCAUGGGACGGUAGAGAAUGUGGAACAAGUUAAUACAGAAUCAGAGACAGCAGUUGUCAACGUUACAUAUGCAACAAAAGAAGAAGCAAAAGUAGCAAUUGAGAAGCUUAGUGGCCACCAGUUUGAGAACUAUUCCUUCAAGAUUUCCUACAUCCCAGACGACGAGGUGAGCUCCCCUCAGCCCCCUCAGCGAUCCCGGCGUGGGGGCCACUCUUCCAGGGAGCAGGGCCCCUCCCCCGGGGGCUCCUCGCAGCCCAAACAGCUCGAUUUCCCACUGCGGAUCCUGGUCCCCACGCAAUUUGUUGGUGCGAUCAUAGGAAAGGAGGGCUUGACCAUAAAGAACCUUACUAAGCAAACCCAGUCCAAGGUAGACAUUCAUCGGAAGGAAAAUGCCGGUGCUGCAGAGAAACCCAUCACCAUUCACGCCACCCCAGAGGGGUGUUCAGAAGCAUGUCGCAUGAUACUUGAUAUUAUGCAGAAGGAGGCUGAAGAGACAAAAUCAGCUGAAGAGAUUCCCUUGAAAAUCUUAGCACACAAUAGCCUGGUUGGGAGAUUGAUUGGCAAAGAAGGACGAAACUUGAAGAAAAUUGAGCAGGACACGGGGACCAAGAUCACCAUUUCUCCUUUACAGGAUUUAACCAUUUAUAACCCUGAGAGGACGAUCACCGUGAAGGGUAGUAUUGAAGCCUGCUCCAAUGCUGAAGUAGAGAUCAUGAACAAGCUUCGGGAAGCCUAUGAAAAUGAUGUUGUUGCAGUCAAUCAACAAGCCAAUCUCAUCCCUGGGCUUAACCUCAAUGCGUUGGGCAUCUUCUCGACAGGCUUGUCCAUGCUGCCCUCUGGAGCUGGGGCCCGCAGACCUGCGGUCACUGCCCCUUACAACCCUUUUGCAAGCCAAGCGGCCUACCUCCCGGGCCUCUAUGGAGCCUCGCCGACUGGCACAUACCCUCACCAGCACUCCUUGCCAGAGCAAGAGGUGGUGAAUUUGUUCAUCCCAACGCAGGCAGUGGGUGCCAUUAUUGGAAAGAAGGGCCAACACAUUAAGCAGCUGGCAAGAUUUGCAGGUGCCUCAAUCAAGAUUGCACCAGCUGAGAGUCCUGAUGCCAGUGAGAGAAUGGUUAUCAUCACUGGGCCUCCAGAAGCACAAUUCAAGGCCCAAGGACGAAUAUUUGGGAAACUAAAAGAAGAAAACUUUUUCAAUCCAAAAGAAGAAGUGAAGCUUGAAGCCCAUAUUAAGGUGCCUUCCUCUGCAGCAGGUCGUGUUAUAGGAAAAGGUGGCAAAACGGUGAAUGAACUACAGAACUUAACUAGUGCAGAAGUAAUUGUACCACGUGACCAAACACCUGAUGAAAAUGAGGAAGUUGUCGUCAAAAUAAUUGGUCACUUCUUUGCCAGUCAGACCGCACAGCGCAAGAUCAGGGAAAUUGUCCAGCAGGUGAAACAGCAGGAACAGAAACACCCUCAGGGAGCCCCUGCCUCACAGCGCAGCAAAUGAGGCUCCAAGGUGCUAGCCAGCAACAACUGAUGAAUGUAGCCCUUCCAACACCUGACAGAAUAAUCGGACCAGGGAGCAAACCAAAGACUAUCUGGAGGCAUCCAAGUCUGCCCAAAAGGCUGGGGCUCUGCAGAGGACUUACAGUACACAGGGAGUGGGGAAGGGGUGGGCUUCAGCCAGCAGGGGGCUGCCUCCCUCACACCACAGCCUACAUGGAGUCUGUCUAACAGUACAACGCUAUCCCUUUAGUUGGACUAACAUAGGCAGAAGUUUGCAGACAAACCCAUUCAGAAUCUUUUCUGUACAUGUGUGUACAUACUAGGAAAGCUUUUCCUUUUUUUUUUUUUUUUUACACAGUGCAUGGGCUGCUGUACAGGACAGCAUUAAUAUAUUUUAGAAUUAAUAUAGCUAACUAAACUAACUCCAGUCUUUAAUUUUUUAAACAAUUGCAUUUUGUUUUUAGAAAAAGCAAGCUUUUCUAGACUAAAAGGAAAGAAGCUAGUCAAUUAUGGAUCUCUAACAGAAAGUAGAAUGGAGACAUAGGAUUACCAGAGCAAAAUUUAAAUGGGAACCAAAAGUGAGUAAUAUUUAGAAGGGUGUCAAGAAGACCAAUAACAGCUGCAUGCCAUCUUGGAUUGCCUGAAAGUGCCAACAGAAGGGAUACCGUCUUGUUAGCAGAGGAAUCUCUAUGCAUUUCUUUCUCCAGCUCAUGUGAUCUUCUCUUUGCUUCACAGAUCUCAAACUGGUUUUUGCAUACAGUCUCUCCCUUUGUACCACCAGACAAUGCAGUGCUCCAAGUUAAACACAUUAUGGAAAAGAUAAAGAACCACCCAGCCACAACUUCCACUUUGCUUAUCAAAAUGCCAAGCUUCAGUUAUACCUAGGUCUCCUAGUGGGUGCAGGGGAGGAAAACCCCUUCACACCCUGCUUACAGAAACACAGCACACUUGGUACAUUUUGCAUGUAGGAUGCUGCCACCAAUACUUUGGGGGAAGUGGGUUUUUAAAAUGGGAUUGACAAGAGGGUGUUGGCCCAGGGCAUGAAAAUUGCAACAUUUUUCAAAAAAAGAAAAGGAAAAAAACAAACAAACUACCUCAGGUGUUUUCAUACCUCAGCACCUUGCUCUUGUGUGUCCCUUUUUGAGAUUUUGUAUGCCUUGUAAAACUGAAGAGUUGGAGCAUUUUUUUAUUUUUUUAAUAAAAAUGAGUUGGAAAUAAAUUUAGACAAAAGACAGCUGCCAGGUGGAAGAAAGCAUCAUUCUGUAUGAUGACUAUUCUGUAUUAUCCUUCUGCUAGAUGAAAGUCAAUGGCCUUGAAACAUAAUAAUAAAGGAUAGAAGUGCAAGAGACACUGGAGCAGAACUCCUGAGUUUGACAGCUUACACACACACCCACCAUUAGAGUUUUUCUGUGCUAACAGAUCGAUGUUAUACUGGUUUCUGUGAACAUACCAUUGUACCAACAGACUGCAAUGCCAGUUUCUCUACUUCAAACAGUGUUCUGUGAAAAACAAAAUAUAUCCAGCUAACAAGAGCCUGACCUCAGUAGUUUUAUUUAAUAGCAAAUGAAAAGUAGAAAAAUGGGUUGUGUGCAAGCCCUCCUCUCUACUCUUAUUUUCUCCCUUGCUUUAACUAGAGGAUCCUGUGCAGUCUUGUGAGGUCAGUGGGGGGAACAGAAACAAGGGCUGUGCUUGUACAAGUACCUGGUUGACUUUCAGACUCAUCUGCAUUACAGGGGCAUUUUAGUAUAAUUUGUGGUAAAUAUCAAAACACCUGG